GCUUAAAAAUGGAGAAGUACUUUGGGAAUGCUUAUAGGGGAGACCCGGGGGUCCCACACGCCGACCCGGAGAGGUUUGUGAACAUAUGGAUCGGGUCGGCUGCCUUCUCUGUGCUGACCUUGUUCAAUCCCUACAUUUGGCAGCUCAAUCAUCAGUUCAACUGGCAUGAUAAGGCAAUGCUGUACGAGCAGCAUCACUGGAGAAAGGCAAUGAAGAAAAAGAAGCCGUAUAAAUUUAUGUGGAAUGAGUACAUGGACAAGGAGGAGAGGGAUGCAUACUACCUCAACUGGCCGAUCUAUUUUCCUUAGGUGUUGUGUUGGCUGGGGUGAACUUGUUUAUUGGUAUUUUGAAAUGUUAUUUAAUUGUGUUAAGCUGAAACUGUCAUAGACUGGAGGUGAUAUGGUUUUAUCAUGCUUUUGCACUGAUAGCUUAAAUCAAAUUUGCUCUUUUGCUGGGCAUUUCAUUGUUGUUGAUGUUGAAUACUGUCUAAUAUCUGCUAUUUACGCUGUUCUAUUGACCGAUUUGACAUCUAUGCAAUUACGAAUUUGAGA